AUUCCAGAGCGUAUACAUUCAGACCAGGGUACAGAUUUCGAGUCCAAGCUCAUUAAAGAGCUCUGUGAAGUGGUAGGCAUGAAGAAAAGCCGAACUACCCCGUACCACCCACGAGGGAAUCCAGUCGAGCGCUUCAACCGCACUCUACUCAAUAUGCUUGGAACCCUGGAAAUGAAACAAAAGUCAAAAUGGCGAGAGUAUGUCAAACCUUUAGUACAUGCAUAUAACUGUACAAGAAACGAGGUAACAGGGUUCACACCUUAUGAACUCAUGUUUGGUCGUUGUCCUCGUCUUCCUGUGGAUUUGGCUUUUGGUUUACCCAUCAGAGAACAAUCAUCAAUCUCUCACUCGGAGUAUGUUAAGAAUCUGCAAUCCAGCCUGAGAGAAAGCUACAAAUUAGCUUCUGAAAAUGCCCUCAAGUCAGCUGCAAAGAACAAGAUCCGUUUUGAUCAGAAAGUUACACCAUGCAGUUUGGAGAUAGGAGAUCGAGUACUGGUUCGCAACAUCCGUCUGAGGGGUAAGCACAAGCUGGCAGAUAGAUGGGAACCAGGGGUGUACAAAGUUGUUGACAGAGCUGAAAAUGUACCAGUUUACACUGUACAACCUGAACACAAAAAGGGACCAACUCGUACUUUACAUAGAGACCUGUUGCUUCCUUGUGGUUUCCUGCCAGUUUGCUCCACAGAAGACCCUCCCAUCUCCAUGCCUGCCUCACAACGAAAGACUCGCAACCAGGAUGGUUGCCAUCCAGAUGUUUCUGAUGCGAUGGAGGAGGAUGAGGAUGCUGAGCCAUAUGUGACAGAAGUUUCCAUCCCACUCUCAACUGGAUUCAGUGUGAAGGUGAGCAAAUUCAAGUCAUCACCGGAAUCCAUUACUUUGCAGCCCAGUUCACCUUUGGCACAAAGUGAUGCUGAAGCGCCAGAGCAUCCUGUACCUCUAAUUCAGAGCACAGACCUUGAGACUGCUAGUCCAUCUGAAAAUGAAGGAUCCUGUUUAACAACUGAUUCCUCACUGUCUCACCAUGAAGACAAGCUACCUGUGGAACAGGUUGAAACAGAGGAACUUUCUGAACCACAUAUAGCUGAGGCUGUGGAAGUACACAUGGAGGGAGAAAUAUCUAACGAACACUUACCUGAAGUUCAAGAACCUGACGCUGAGGAUCAUCUGAUCGUUCAAUCUGAGUCAUCUACAGGUCCUGCCAAUGUCAGCUCACCCUAUAACUCAGUUGAGGCUGAAAUAUUGCCCAGGCGAUCAGAUCGACAGCGGCAGCCUCCUAGUCGUCUAACAUAUCCUGUGUUGGACGUGUGAUCAAUCAACCAAACAUUGUAAAGAUCACGGUUGGUCAAGAGGGAACUGGUGAGUGUUUGCUUGGGAGCUAGCAUGCUAGCACUAGCCUCCCCAGCCUGUUAUAGUUAUACACUGAACUAAAUUGAAAUGCUUACCAAAACUACUGUCCUGUAGAAAUACUGUUUUGCAUAAGUUGCAUUUAACUAUUAUGUAAACUCCUGCAUUUAUAAGAAAAUACAUGUACAUGUAAAUUGAUUGUUUAGGCCUGUUUACACAGGCCAGGUAUAUUGCAGAUCCCCCUCAAGGCGUGGCUGAAGGGUCUAGGAUACAGCAAAGAUUGUCUGGCUUCAUGCUGACCAGACUGGCGAGCUAACCGUUUAACGGAUUGGGAUUGUCUGAGGAAACUCUUCCGAACUGGUUGGAGAUUCAGCCCAACAAGUCUUCACUGAAGG